GCCCGCAGCCGGGUGCCCGCAGCCAUGGCUCUGCUGCUGCCGCUGCUGGUGCGGGCGGCCGGCGGGCUGCGGGCGGCGGGGCAGGGCGGCGGUGGCAGCAGCAGCAGCAGCAGCAGCAGCAGCAGCAGCGCCAUGGAGGAGCUCGCCACCGAGAAGGAGGCGGAGGAGAGCCACCGGCAGGACAGCGUCAGCCUCCUCACCUUCAUCCUGCUCCUCACCCUCACCAUCCUCACCAUCUGGCUCUUCAAGCACCGUCGCGUCCGUUUCCUCCACGAGACCGGCCUGGCCAUGAUCUACGGACUCAUAGUGGGGGUGAUCUUGAGGUACGGGACUCCCUCUACCAGUGGCCACGACAAGCCGUUCAGCUGCUCGCAGGAGGACAGGCCCUUCACCACCCUGCUGGUCAACGUCAGUGGGAAGUUCUUUGAGUACACACUCAAAGGGGAGAUAAGCCCUGGGAAGAUCCACAACGUGGAGCAAAACGACAUGUUACGAAAGGUAACGUUUGACCCAGAAGUUUUUUUCAAUAUACUGUUGCCUCCUAUUAUUUUUCAUGCUGGUUACAGCCUGAAGAAAAGACACUUUUUCAGAAAUUUGGGAUCCAUUUUGGCUUAUGCCUUUUUAGGAACAGCUGUCUCUUGUUUUAUUAUUGGGAAUCUCAUGUAUGGGGUUGUGAAACUAAUGAAGUUGGUGGGUCAGCUCUCUGAUAAAUUCUACUAUACAGACUGUCUCCUCUUCGGCGCAAUAAUAUCUGCCACUGAUCCAGUUACCGUGCUAGCAAUAUUUAAUGAGCUGCAUGCUGAUGUUGACCUCUAUGCCCUUCUGUUUGGGGAAAGUGUGUUGAAUGACGCUGUUGCCAUUGUUUUAUCUUCAUCUAUAGUUGCCUAUCAGCCAACAGGUGAAAAUACCCAUGCUUUUGAUGCGGCAGCAUUUUUCAAAUCUGUUGGUGUUUUCCUGGGAAUAUUCAGUGGUUCUUUCAUGAUGGGAGCAGUGACGGGGGUUGUGACAGCUCUGGUGACAAAGUUUACCAAGUUGCACUGCUUCCCCCUGCUGGAAACGGCGCUCUUCUUCCUGAUGUCGUGGAGCACCUUCUUGCUUGCAGAAGCUUGUGGAUUUACUGGUGUGGUGGCUGUCCUCUUCUGUGGGAUUACCCAGGCACAUUAUACAUACAAUAACUUGUCAGUUGAAUCAAGGAGUCGCACUAAGCAGCUCUUUGAGGUAUUGCACUUCCUGGCUGAGAACUUCAUAUUUUCUUAUAUGGGUUUGGCACUGUUUACUUUCCAAAAACACAUAUUCAGCCCAGUUUUCAUCAUUGGAGCUUUUAUUGCAAUCUUUUUGGGCAGAGCUGCACACGUCUACCCUCUCUCCUUCUUGUUGAAUCUGGGCAGAAGGCAUAAGAUCAGCUGGAACUUUCAGCACAUGAUGAUGUUUUCAGGUCUCAGGGGAGCCAUGGCAUUUGCUCUGGCUAUACGAGAUACUGCUACCUACUCACAUCAAAUGAUGUUCUCAACAACUCUCCUCAUUGUCUUUUUCACCGUGUGGAUUGUUGGUGGAGGCACAACUCCCAUGCUGUCAUGGCUGAACAUCAGAGUUGGUGACCAUGUUCCAUCGGUGGAAGAGAUGAGUGAAAGCCACUGGCUGUAUUUCAGGGUUGGGGUUGACCCAGAUCAGGAUCCUCCACCUACUAAUGACAGCUUUCAAGUCUUACAAGGAGAUGGCCUGGAUUCUGAAAGGAAGAACAGGACAAAACAGGAAAGUGCUUGGCUCUUCAGGCUAUGGUAUAGCUUUGACCAUAAUUAUUUAAAGCCAAUUCUCACUCACAGUGGCCCUCCAUUAACCACAACUCUUCCCAGCUGGUGUGGCCUGAUAGCCCGUUGUCUGACGAGUCCCCAGGUUUAUGAUAAUCAAGAACAACUUAGAGAGGAGGAUUCUGAUUUUAUUCUGAAUGAUGGUGAUCUUACUGUGACAUACGGUGAUACAACAAUAACUGCAAAUGGUUCUUCUGGCCCCCACACAGCUACCACUAGCCUUGAUGGCAGGAGAACAAAAAGCAGUUCAGAGGAAGCACUGGAACGUGAUUUGGGAGCAGCAGAACAAGAAGUUACAAGCAGGGGUACCCGGCUAGUAUUUCCUCUGGAAGACAAUGCAUGAUUACUGACUCAGUAAAAAUAACUCUUGCUCUGUGGAUGGCUCAAGGAAGACUGCAGGCCACUGUGUCACUUGAGGUGGGGAUGUUUAUUUAAACAAGUUAACACGCAUAAGGGGUUUUACUGAGGUCUGAAGAUGUCGCCUAUUUUUUACUCAAGAUGCUGACGGGGUUUUCUAAAGGUCUGAAAGUAGACGAAUGAGAAAGCUGGUCAUUCUCCUCUUUUCAACUGCAUAUUGAAUCCAAGUGUAGCUAGCAUGCUGCAGUUGUCUUGUUCAGCUGCAGCAGCUCUCCCUGAGAGGUACGUGAAAACGCUGUCAUAAAACCACGCUUGGCUUAUCUUGGGAAUGUGGAAGAAGAAAUAUAAACAUGAUCAUUAUUAUGACAUAAAGAGAUGUGUGUGAGCUGGAUGGGGAGAGACCCAUUGUUAAUGUCACUUGUGAGGUUGAGGAAAACUGAAGUCACACAGGCCAGUGCACGUGAGGACUACAGAUGCAUGUAUGCAAUGCUCUGUGAGGGGAUCUGUUACUACAAGCUGUACUAAUGCACUGCAAGGAAAAAAGGGAAAAUAAGAUUUCCUCGCUGACUGUGUGUUCAACUAGGAAGGCAACAGGAGCUUCUUGUCCCUUUAACGUUGGGCAAUUUGACUGUUGCCAUUAGCUUAACAUCUAGUGCCUCAAAAGAAAAACACCCAGUUUCCUGUGGUCUAAGAUAUACCUGACCCCACACAAGCCCGGAGCCAGGUGCUCUCAGGCAGAAGUCAUGAGGCAAAAAUUUCUCUCCCAUAAGGUUCUUAAAAUCAGAUGAAUGAUAGUUGGAAACGUAUCUCAGGCUGGGGAAAGCAGCAGUUAAGAGGAGGAGAGGAAAAGAGGGAGAACGAGAGGCAGUGUUGAACUUGCACGGAACCAUGAGGUUUCAUAUUGCUCAGAAGAAUCCAUGGACUCUGCUUACAGAUCAUGUAUGUGAUAAACAGCAAACAUCUAAUUCAACAGACAAACAAAUGCUACUGGCUUUACCAUUUGUAACUGUUCUAAAAGAAAGGUGUUUACUCUUGUCCUCUUUCACAGAGCAGAUGUGAAACUUCAUUGGGGCAUUGCACAACAUACAGGCUACAGAAGUGAGGAGCUGUAGUAUCAUCUUCAAUGUGAAAAGGGAAAAAUCUUUGCCUAGUAUUUAGCCCACUUACAUGUAGGCUAGCAUUAACUUAUUGCUAAAUGCUUUUUGAUUUCCAAAUGAGGAGGUAUAAUUGUCUUUGCCAAGAGCUGGAAAAUUCAGCUUUGAAGAGCAGUUCAGCUAUUUAAAGCAUGCUAGAAUGUGAUUUUAUUCUCAUGUCUCAAAAGGUUUAUUUUUUUAAAGGAUUUUGUGGCCCACUAAUGUGAUGUAAUAUCAGUUUGUCUAAAAAGUGUGUUUUUCUUGCUGCCAUUACAAUUGUUCCCCUCAUUAAUAUGUGUGUGAGUAAAUACCCACCCUGUUUUUCCUUAACUAUUAAACUUACCAGGCUAAGUUCAGUAGGAGAACUUACUGCUACAGAGAAACAUUGCAGUUGUUUUGUCUAGUCUGCUUUCUUUCAAAUGUGUUCUGUAACAGGUGAUCUACCUCUUUGUCUGUCCCUCCAAGGUAAAUUUGUGAAGGGCACUGAUCUGUAAUAAUUGUCUGAUGUUAUUAAGAAUAGGAAAUCAGCAGCUUUUAUUGUGGAAAAACUGGAGGAACAAUAUGGUCUGAGCUCUGUUCUUAAACAGUGAAGACUAACAAACCCUGGUGAAGAUCUCUGAGCGGAACAAACUCCUUUUCAAUUCUCCUCUGCUUUCAAGGAAGACAAAGCAGAUAGCCAUGAUCCAUGCUAUUUAUACUAUUUACAUGACUUGUUUUUCUACUGCCAGCACUUUAAAAAUAAGUUUAAAAAGUCAUUUUUUCCUAAGUUACGAAACAAAUUUAGCAUGGACAACAUGGGUCCCAGAGCAAGAACUUGAGACUGCUACUGCAAUUAAUUUGAGCUAUUAGCUGAGUCGUAUGAACCAAAUUUUGGGGUGGGACAGUGAAAAUUAUCCAAAAUAAAUGGACUUAGUACAGCGAGGCAAACCUUUAUGUGUAGCUUGAAGCUGAUGCUUACAAAAUCACUUGGGCUGAAAAACAGUGUUAUACAGAGAAAGAUCUGUUCUUUGAAAAAAAAGAUCAUGUUACAGGUUCUGGAAGUAGAAAUUGUGUCAUUAGCUUCCUCAGGAAGACUGCAUCUUUUGAAAGCAUCAAUAAACCAUCCCAGUGCA